CCCCACAGCUCCGCGUGUGCGACCUGCGAACGUGCUCGAGGCAAUGCGCUGCUGCUGUGACCGCUCCGCCCUCUGACGCAGUCCUGCGCGCCGACCCCGUACUACUCCCAGCACUACUCUCCCGGACGCGGCCCAGCUUUGAUGCCCGCCGAAGCUACACAAAGACCCAAUGGAGCUUCUCCCCAUGGUAUGACACCACCCAGGGCCGCGGACCAGGGCAGCGAGACCGAUAAAUCCAAUGCGCCGAAAAGGAGCCCGCCCCAGCAGGGCACAUCGUCGUCCGGCGCAGAGGGCUCCACGAAAAGCCCAAAGAAGCGCCGGAAGGUCAAUCAUGCUUGCAUAUAUUGCAGACGUUCGCAUAUGACCUGCGACCUCGAACGGCCGUGUAAACGAUGCAUCAAGCGAAAUAUUGGCCAUCUUUGCCACGAUGAGCCGCGAGAAACAAUUAAAAAGAGCAAGACAGACCCUGACAGCGCAAAUGGUGAUGCAGACUCGUCCAAGCAAGACACGGCGCCCUCCGAGUCCCCCAUGAACUCUCUCGAGGCGCGUCAAAGCGUGUCUGAUGCAGGGCUCAACCUUGCGCCGCCCCCAAUACCUCAGAGCAGAGUUGCCAACACCGCGUCUAUCGCCCAGCCUACGCCUGUGUCUGCGCCACAGCCCUCAUCCCUGGCGGACAGCAAUCAGCCAUACAUGAACUACAACGACUGGAACGCAGGCUCGGCAACUCAUUUUCAGGAUAUGCACCAUUUCCACCCUUCCUACAUGUUCAACACGUCCGAAGUCAGCAACGAAUACAACCUGCUCAACGACUUCCUAAGCAACAGCCUCAUGGAAGACAGUAGCCUCUAUUCCGGCGCCGACAUGCAAGGCCUGUUUCCUGACCCCAAUCUAGCAAACACGAUGGGCACAUUGCCCAACAGCAAUUCUUUUAAUUCUAAUGCGCAGAACAACAGCCUCCUGCUACCGCCACCCGCUCAAGCCGCUGUAGGCAAUUCUAUUUCGAGACCGCCGAGUGGGUUUCCCAUCGACAAAGCCCGAGAGAGGUACUACAUGACAGCUGCGGAUCCUGCAAUGGGAUCAGACACUCCCGAAGAACGCAUGGACAAGCUGCUGAGAGCUAAGAUGGACGCUGGAAUGCUUAAGCCGUUCAACUACGUCAAAGGAUACGCGCGGCUGAAUCAGUACAUGGAGCGGAACAUGCAGCCAGUCUCCCGCGUGAGAAUCCUACGGCAGCUGGACAAAUUCAGACCCAAAUUUCGAGAGCGGAUGCAGAAGCUGACAGAUGUCGAGCUAGUGCGCGUUGAAAUGUGGUUCGACAAGAGCUUGAUGGAGUACGAUCGGGUUUUUGCAAGCAUGGCGAUCCCCGCUUGCUGCUGGAGGAGAACAGGGGAAAUAUUCAGGGGCAACAGAGAGAUGGCCGAGUUGAUUCAUGUGCCCAUCCAGAAACUGAGAGAUGGCAAUAUCGCCAUCCACGAAAUCAUCGCCGAGGGGUCCCUCGUCAGCUACUGGGAGAAAUUUGGCGCUAUUGCCUUUGAUAACUCUCAGAAAGCCAUUCUGACAAGCUGCUCACUUAAAAAUCCUGAUGCGAACUCAAAAGAUCCCGAGAUCAGAUGCUGCUUUUCCUUCACGAUCCGUCGUGACAUUUAUAACAUUCCUGCCUUGAUUGUUGGCAAUUUCCUACCUAUGAUACCACCUUCACCGCCGGGGUAAUCCGGCCGUCAACUGCACAUACAAUCUUGGACGGCACAUUUGCUUUAGUAUGGGCGGCUAGAUUAUUCACAUAUGGUCUUGUACCAUGCUUCACGACGUUCUGGACAUGACCGUCGAUCUAGGGGGGGAAGGUGCGAUACGAUUUGUGCAUAUACUGACGUUGGCUUUAUGGCGAUAUUCUUACCCUUCAUUUUUCACAGUAGCUUUGGAGUAUAAGGGUAUUUGAUGCCGGUAGAGAGAUGAUCAAAAAAAAACCUGUGGGCCUAAGAAGGGUCGUGUUGACUCUAAAACGAUGGCGAAAAGUAUACCCACCACUCUUCUACGCCUUCGAGCACCUUGUAUCUAUUGUGCAUAUUUUGUUAUUCUCUG